UCUACUGCUAAACAGGGAACAUCUUUUGUAAACAGGCUUACAGUAAAAACAGACUUAUGAGGUUUCGCUUCCGUGCGUUAUAGUUUAUACUUCUAAUUUAGCUUUUGUCAAUGUUUAACCCUAUAAUAUAUAUUAGACUAUUACCCAACUCGAUGUGGGUCUCAAUGUUUGGCCUGUGAUGUGUAGCAGCACGACAUAAUGGCUACUUUGCACCGAACUGCUGCUUUCAUGACGCAAACAACUGGUCACUUGUUGACCGAUCAAAACAACGGUGACUGUACCGAUUACGAAGAUGACCUGUCAGUUCACGUCGAUUCGGACGAUCCCGAGUUGGCUGUCAGCACAAACUACCAAAUGAGUCCUCAACUUGAAGAAAAUUACACGGGUUCCAACGGUCAAGUGAAAAGUCCUAAAUCGGACACUAGUGAGGAAGUGACUCUAAAACCAGAGACGAGUAACCAGGACAAGUCGAAAUCCUGCUUGGUUAAACCACCGUAUUCGUACAUCGCACUCAUCACGAUGGCUAUCCUACAAUCGCCCGAGAAGAAACUGACUCUCAGCGGGAUCUGUGAGUUUAUCAGGAACAAGUUUCCGUUUUACCGAGAGAAGUACCCAAUGUGGCAGAACAGUAUUCGGCACAACUUAUCUUUAAAUGACUGUUUUAUAAAGAUUCCUCGCGAGCCGGGUAAUCCAGGAAAGGGGAAUUACUGGACACUGGACCCUGCCAGUAAGGACAUGUUUGACAAUGGAAGUUUCCUCCGUCGAAGGAAAAGGUACAAGCGCUUCCAGCCCGACUUCCUCAAGGACCCGUGUGCAUUUCUUUCCUCGGUGGAACCGUUUCGGCAUCACCCGACCAUCAUCCAUCCCACCAUAACUCCGGCGACCCUCACUAGCCCCUACCCGUACCUUUCGCCUCUGCCGCAGGCUGUGCCUCUCCUAACGGCGCGGGAUCACUCUAGGGCGUCCCUACACCCGAUUAGCUUGAGUUUACUGCCCAACCUGAGAGCACCUGCUGUGAUUUCGGCCUCCUUCCCUCUACGGCUUCCGACAACUUCAUCCAUUAUUACAAAUGCUCCAACUGGCUGCUUCUCUAACAACAGCAAGUCCAACAACUUCUCCAUAAAAAACAUUAUCGGACCCAAACAAAAUACUGUCAAAUGGAAUGAGCCACCAGCAAGACCAAUAGAUACCUUAUUUAUUCCACAAUUAACUAGUUCUUGCCAUUGUCCCUCAGCCAGGUUCGACUUAACCAAGAUUCGUCAUAUGCCUUCCUGCGCAAACUCGCACGUUUUCUCAACACUGUCGUUAUGGCCUCGGUGACUCGAGCUUUUUUUUUGUUUUUAUUUUUUGAUAAUUGCAUGUAUAAAAAUUCAGUUAUCAUGCAGAUGCGCUUUGUACACAACAGUUAUUACAUAUAUAUGAAAAGUGACUUCUGGUUUAUCCCCACACUAUAGCGUUAACCCAUCUCUCACCUCAAACCACGUGCUGAGGACAUACGUGCAAGUUCAUGUAUCCAAACUACGGUUGUUAUUCUAUUAUUGAGCUACGACUACACAUAUUCAUCUAACAAGAAAGCACGUGCUGAGAACACGUUUACGUGUUCAUGUGUCCGACCUGUGGGUGUUGUUGGACUAAUCACAGUGACUACACCUGGUCAUCUCCCAAGACAUCACUUCCUGGGGACAUAUUCACUUUUAUGCAAGACGGGUAGUGGACGUCGAGACUACAAACCAGCGCUACUACUGAUAUGCACGAGAAAACUUACACGUGCCGUGGAUAUAUAUAUUUUCCUUUAUUUUUAUCAGAAUUUUCAAGUUCCUAAAAUUGGCUAUAAGACAGGCAAGUGAUCUUGGUUUUGUAGGACAGUUUAUAUUAUGUUUUGAAAGUAAAUUAUACACGAAAUGUAGUAUUCUAGCUAGCUUGUAAAAAUAAUGUAUAAUAUAUAUGUUGUAUAUAGUUUACAGAAACUCUAUUAUUUGUGAGUGUUAUCUCUGACCAUUUGUGUAUGAAAUGGGCAUGAAAUGUAAAGUACAAAUUAUCUUUGUA